UUAGCAAACACUCCUCACAAGCAAAAGCACUUCUACCUUUCUUCACUCAUUAAUGGAUCGGCUUUCAGCAGCUUUCUCUUCCGGAGGUUACGGGGACAAAGACCAGGAAGAUCAGUACGGUGGCGAGAGAAAAUCCGCGACGGAGGGUCGCCACGGGUCUGGAGGUUACGGGGACAAAGACCAGGAAGAUCAGUACGGUGGCGAGAGAAAAUCCGCGACGGAGGGUCGCCACGGGUCUGGAGGUUACGGGGACAAAGACCAGGAAGAUCAGUAUGGCGGCGAGAGAAAGUCCGCCACGGAGGGUCUCCACGGGAAGCCGGGACGUGCGGCACCGACGACGAGUGAGCUGAUGUCGAGUGCAAAGAUUGUGGCGGAAGCAGCCAAAUCUUCAAUGAACAAAGGGGGCGACGAAAAUAUCGACAGAGCUAGGGUUUCCGAGGCUGCUAGUAACAUCUUAAGCGGUGCCGCACACUAUGGCAAGCUGGACGAGAAAGAAGGACUUGGGAGUUAUGUUGGUAAGGCCGAGGAUAUGCUCCGCAAGUACGGCAGCGGCGGUGACGGUGGAAGCGGCGGAGGAGGAAGUCACAACUCUUCUGAGUCUUAUAAGUCUAGCGUGGGGAAGGAGAGAAGAGACGAUGAUGAGAACUAUCCGGUGAGCGGAGAGCAUGAGACUAGGAAAAAGGAGGAUGAGGAGGAGGAGGGUGGAUCAGGUGGGGUUGGGGGUUACCUUAAGGUGGCUCAGGGUUUCUUGAAGAAGUGAUGAUCGUCAUAAUUAAUCACUAAUUAAGUAACGUUAAUUAUGCUUAUUCCUCUGGAACUUUCACUUAAUUUGGCUUAAGUUGUUUACUUAAUUAUGAUGUUAGAUAAAGUUUGUUUUUCUGCAUUUGGUUUGGGGUGUGCUGUUUCGGACCCAGUCCUUAUAUGUAUCAGUCCUUAUAUGUAUCAGUGUAUGUAUUUCUUUCCCAAAAUUGUAGUAACUGUGUUUGUGUGU